ACUUAUCUAGCUCAAAUGUACUGCAUUUGCAUAUUAUGGACAAAUUUCGAUGUGAAUCAAAUCGACGGCAUUAAUUUCGAAGCGGACGCAAACUAUCCGAAUAUGAUUUGGAUGAAAUAUGAGGCAUCAACUAAGAAUCGGACAAAUGUCGACCAAUUCGUUCGAAUUGGCAUCGAAAAUUAUUGUCAGGCAUUCAUAGUAACUCCCAAUUCAGCCGUUGAUUUCCUAAUUUCAUUUGAAGCAGUUAGAUAUUCAACUGAGCGACGAUACAGCAGCACAUAUGUUGUGGCUCUUCCAUCGAACUUGGAUGAAAAUAAGAACUACAUCGACGAUGUUUCGCAACAAAAAUCUGUUGAAGAUAUCCCAAAUCUAUUGAUAAUUUCUCCCACACGCGGUGUGAAUGGCACGGAUAUGGCAUACGAUUUGAUAACGACACAAAUCGACAAUCGAAACAAUCAUUCGAGUCUGCAAACUUUGGAUACAUUCAACGUUGGGCAAUUCUAUGCGAAUGCCAAUUUAUUCCCCGACAAAUUGUUCGAUUUGAAAGGACAACCUCUUCGGAUGUCCAUUUUCAAUUAUCCACCGUACAAUGUGUGGUGGGAAGUUCCACCCGGCACUGGAAAUGCGAAUCUGGACGGCUCGGAAGAUGGCAAAAGUUUAUUUGUUGAUGGAACUGAAACAUUGUUGGCACUGGAAUUUUGCAAACUGUACAAUUGCACCUUACACAUUGUUAUUGAUGAGGAGCAUACAUGGGGAACGGUUUAUGAUAACGGUACAGGCGACGGAUCUCUAGGAAAUACGUAUGAACGACGUUCAGAUAUCGGAGUCGGUGGUCAAUAUUCAUGUGAAACUUUAAGGCAUCAAUUCCAUUUUUUUUUGGAUCUUUCUGCCCCAUUCACACGAAGCGCUGCCACCGUAAUGUGUCCAAAACCGAAACAGCGCAUCGGAUUGGUGCUGCUAGUCUUACCAUUCUCAAAUAUGAUGUGGGCGGCUGAAUUUGCAACAUUAUUCGCUUGUAUAAUGGCAAUAAUUUUGGCAAGACUUGCUUCAUCGAGACUUCAUCGAGAACAGCCAGUUGUCAGUACUUCAUCCACGUGGUUCGAAGUGUGGGCCAUUUCAUUGCUUCAAUCGAGAAAUUUCGUACUACGACAUCUACCGGAAACGAUCAUCACAGUCUGUGCAUUGAUCUCAAGCAUGUUGAUUGCAAGCGCAUACUCUGGCGAACUCGCUGGUAUGACAACCGUUCCGCAAUUCGAAGAACCCAUUGACACAAAUCGACAAUUUGCUGAAAGGAAAAUGAAAUGGGGAGCCUGGCAUCAUGCAUGGGUUACAUCACUGGAAGAUGCUCCAGAUCCAAUUGUCGAGUAUCUGUUCAAUUCUUUUGAACUAAUUUCGACGGAAGCUUUGGGAACGCGUCCAUAUUCUGACGAUUUUUGUUACCCACUAGAAACAUUGCAAUACGGACAUUUUGCUAUUGGUGAUUUCCUGACCGUAGAAAAGACGAGCUUUUUGCGAUUGAUUCGGGACGAUUUUUAUUGGGGACAUGUGGUUGCAUAUCAGUAUAAAACGUGGCCGUUGAAGAAUCUGUACGACAUGCAUGUCUUGUAUGUGGUUCAGAGUGGUUUGUUCAAAUACUGGGAAACUUGUGCUGCAGCAAAGUAUCAAAACUGGAAAGUGCAAUUGGCUAUCGCCACAUCAAGGCGUAAAGAUAAACCAAUGCCAAUCAGUUUGCAAAUUGAUCAUAUGAGCGGAGUGUUCAUAAUAUGGGGAAUUGGAUGUGGUAUUUCGACUGCGGUUUUCGUUUCCGAAAUCUUUUUCGUUCGAUUUUAUCGGAAGAUAGGAAUUCCGGUGCAAUUGGAAGGUUUAUCCUUAUCCAUCAAACAUAAUCGUCAGUUUUAUCAGUAAUGUACGAAUUGAACGGCUUACAAUAAAAGUUUGAAUUGGCCGAAAAAUAGGAGCCAAAAAAAGUGUAGAAAAUUUAAAAGCUUACCCCAACCAAUCA